UAUUAGUAACAGUAGCGAUAUCCGCGUAUAGAUACACCCACACCGUAAAAUCAUCAUAAUCAAACAGAGGAACCACCUUUUAUUUCGCCUGUUUAUACUCUCCCCCUCUUUUUAAACAAUAUUUCAAAACCAUUAAUUAAAUAACUUAAUUAUAACAACAAUUACACCCUCCUAUCGAAUUUUGAUCCUUAAUUUCACCUCUCUUCUCUUUUGUUUAGAUUUCGAUAUUUCUUUCAAUUGGUGAUCGCUUCAUAAUCUUUUGGAUUGGAUGACAACCGGUGGCGCCACCCCCAAAUCCACCACCGGCAGUCCACGAUUCGGGGGUGUUUCCGCCCACCGCCGCCGUGCUAACGAUGUCACGGUGGCAUCCACAGACUCCGACGAACAUCAACACCCUCAACAACAACAACAACAGGAGAAUAAUAACCAAAACAUCAACGACUGCAUAGCCGAAGCUGCUGUUGAUUGUUUUAGUAGUUGCACCACAACCACCACCACCACCACCCAAAACCACCACCACAACCAUAAUGGUAAUGUUCCCCACCGAAAAGGGUCGGUGGAGGUUCGGAAUUAUGGGAAGUUAGGAAGGAGUUUGAGACGUACGUUGCUCGGGUUUUUGAUUGUUGUUGUGGGGUUUAGUGUGUUUGUGAAGUUUUCGUAUAUGACGGGUGGUGGUGGUCUUGUGUCGGAGAUGGAGGAGGCGACGGUGAGUAGGAGCUGGUCGAACGCUCAAAUGCUGAUGCUUAGGGAUUAUAAAGGUGAUGUGAUAAAGGCUCAGAAUGUUGUAGCAGAUGUUGAUUCAUUUUCUAUGCCUGACAAGAUCUUAGACAAGUCCCCCCACAAUCCUGUCCCAGAUAUUUGGAUGAAACCAAACAGCAGUCGCUAUUAUCAAUGUAUCGAGAGACCUCAAGAUCCAACCAAGAGAAAAUUCCGGACAACCAGGUAUCUUCUCGUCCAUGCCAACGGCGGAUUGAAUCAAAUGAGGACAGGGAUAUGUGACAUGGUGGCAAUUGCUAAGAUGAUGAAUGCCACUCUUGUUAUCCCGUCUCUUGAUCAUCAAUCGUUUUGGACGGAUCCUAGUGAUUUUAAGGACAUUUUCGAUUGGAGGCAUUUCAUCGAUAAUUUAAAAGAUGAUAUCGAAGUAGUAGAGUCUUUACCACCAAAAUACGCAACAAUAAAGCCGUUUAUCAAGGCUCCUGUUUCAUGGUCAAAGGCGAGUUAUUAUAGAGGAGAAAUGAAAGCAUUGUUACGAAAACAUAAAGUGGUCCAAUUCACGCAUUCCGAUGCAAGACUUGUCAAUAAUGGCCUCCCAUCGUCUUAUCAAAAGCUUCGGUGUCGUGCAAACUAUGAGGCUCUUCGUUACUCAGAUGAGAUCGAGAGCCUUGGUAGAAAGCUCGUUGAUAGACUUAGGAGUGACGGUGAACCCUUCAUCGCUCUUCAUUUGAGGUAUGAGAAGGAUAUGCUAGCUUUCACAGGUUGCACCCAUAACCUAACAGAACAAGAAUCUAAAGUACUUGAAACCAUGAGAUACAAUGUGAAGCAUUGGAAGGAGAAAGAGAUAAACGGCACCGAAAAGCGACAAGAAGGAGCGUGUCCAUUGUCGCCUAGAGAAGCUGCUAUUUUCCUUAAAGCCAUGGGGUACCCUUCAAACACGACAAUCUACAUCGUAGCCGGUGAAAUCUACGGUAAUAACAGCAUGGACGCUUUCCGACUUGAGUACCCAAACGUCUUUUCGCACAGCACCCUAGCCACGCCUGAGGAGUUGCUCAAUCUUAGCCGCUACCAGAACCGCCUAGCCGCCCUUGACUACAAUGUUGCCCUUGAGAGCGAUGUGUUUGCUUACACGUAUGAUGGGAACAUGGCUAAGGCGGUCCAAGGACACCGGCGGUUUGAAGGGUUUCGUAAGACGAUUAACCCUGACCGGUUACAGUUUAUUAAACUCAUUGAUCUGUUGGACGCUGGUGAAAUCUCGUGGGAGACGUUUAGUUCGCAAGUCAAGCUGAUACAUAAAGACCGGGUGGGGGCACCAUAUAAGCGGAAACCUGGCCCGUCUCCGAAGCUGGAAGAGAGCUUUUAUGCGAACCCGUUUCCCGGUUGUAUCUGCAGUAGAUCUAAAAAUAAAACUGUUGAAGCAUCACCAGAGCGAAGACCGAAACAUGGGAAUGCACUACGAUCAUCAGUAUAGAUCUUUUACUCCUCUACUAGCAUUAAUUCUUUAAUUUCUUUUACGGGAAUUAUCUCAUUCCCGUUGUGCAGGAACACUCGUGUAGUUAUACUUGGCAGCGCGAUUUAGAGGGCUGCCCCGUGCACUAGGAUUGAACGAUAAGCGUAGAACUUACAAAGAAAGCGAAAACAGAUUUGGACGAACCGGGUAGUUUAAGAUUUUGUUAUUUUCUUGCCUUAUGUUUCACAGUUUAACUUAAAAGUGUAUAUUCAGAGUUUUGUACAUUCAUUCAUUUGUUGUAAUAUAAAAAUAUGGAAACAUACCAUACCAGUGAGAGUUUACAACUCACUGAACACCUCUCA